AUGGCGGCUAACUCAGAUAUAACCCCGGACUUUGACGCGGUGGUAAUUGGCGCUGGCUUUGCAGGACUGGGCAUGCUCAGGCGACUGCGAGAAGAACUUGGUAUGUCCAUCCAAGUGUACGAAGCGGGUGCCGGAGUCGGAGGUACUUGGUAUUGGAAUCGUUACCCUGGCGCACGAUGCGAUUCCGAAAGCUACGUGUACUGCUUCUCAUUCUCAAAGGAGCUACUACAGGAUUGGAACUGGAGCGGAAAAUAUCCCGAGCAGCCUGAGAUCCUAUCCUACCUCAACCACGUCGCAGAUCGAUUCGACCUUCGCCGCAACAUCCAGUUCAACACCCGAGUAACCUCUGCGAAGUUCCUCGAAGACACUAACCAUUGGCAGAUCGAAACGGAUCAGGGCGAUCGCGUCACGGCCCGGUUCCUUAUUACUGGCAUCGGAUGUAUCUCAGCAGGCAAUGUUCCAGAGAUUACAGGGCUUGACUCCUUCGAGGGAGACUGGUACCACACGGGAAGUUGGCCUCACGAAGAAGUGGACUUCGACGGUAAGCGCGUCGCUGUCAUCGGCACGGGUUCAAGCGGAGUACAGGCGAUACCCGUGAUCGCCGAGCAGGCCAAGCGCCUGACCGUUUUCCAACGAACGCCACAGUACACCAUCCCUGCCCGCCACGAAACCGUGGAUCGCAGGUUCAUCGAGGAAGAGGUAAAACCCAACUACGAUGAUAUCUGGGAGAAGGCGAGGUGGUCAAAAUCCGGCUUUCCUGUAGACGCCAGCGAGCGCUCGGCUUUGGAGGUCACGGCAGAAGAGCGUCUGGAAACAUAUGAAGCCUUCUGGGCUAAAGGUGGGGCCGGUUUCACGUACGGGACAUUCGAAGACAUCCGCACGGAUAGAAGGGCGAACGACACCGCCUCCGAGUUCAUCCGGUCCAAGAUCCGAGAAAUAGUGAAGGAUCCCGAGACGGUCGAAAGACUUCUGCCUACGGACCAUCCAUUCGGUUCUAAGCGUGCUCUCAUAGACACCAACUACUUCGAGACAUACAAUCGCGAGAACGUUGAGCUGGUCGAUAUUCGCCACUCGCCAAUCCAGGAGAUAACGCCGAAGGGGAUACGGACCGAGGACGAAGAGUUCGAAUUUGACAUUAUCGUCUUCGCUACCGGUUUCGACGCGAUGACGGGCAGUUUCUUUAGGAUGGAUAUCCGCGGCAGAAACGAUUUGACACUCAAAGAAAAGUGGUCCGAGGGACCCAAGACUUACCUUGGCCUGCAAGUCGCAGGAUUCCCGAACAUGUUCAUGAUAACGGGACCUGGCAGCCCGUCCGUUCUCAGUAAUAUGCCAGUCGCCAUCGAGCAGCACAUCGAAUGGGUUUCUGACUUCAUCGAGUUUCUGAGCGAACGCAGCAUCAAGACAGCCGAGGCAGAUCUCGAUGCGGAGACCGUGUGGGUUUCCCACGUGAACGAGAUUGCUGAGCCCACAAUGUUCAUGCUGGCGAACUCGUGGUACUUAGGUGCAAACAUUCCUGGGAAGCCUCGUGUGUUCAUGCCUUACGCCGGUGGCAUCGGAACCUACCGCGAAAAAUGCAACGAGGUCGCCGACAACGGCUAUGAGGGCUUCAUCUUCGGCUCCGCGAGUCGAAAACGGCCCAGUCUGACAGCUUCUCAGGGAACAGGUUGA